GUUAAACUCUGAAUUGCAUGUAUUUAAUGGGUAAUUCGAGUCACUGGUUAUAUCAAAUUUUGCCAACGAGUUACUAACUUCUAUGAGAUCGGGUUCAUAUUCAACGGGCUGCUCUGCAAUAUAUGUGUGUUUACAAUAAUAUGGGUUUUGUGGAUAGUGAUAAAACUAGCUCUUUCAACUAGUGAACCGAUACAGGCUGAAACCAGAACAAAGAAAGGGAAACCAUUUGGUGACCGAACUAUAAAGAAUGGAAUCAUUGUUAUGCCGGAUUGACUGUUCAGAGGCAUUAAAGCUUGUGUAAAUUCCAUGGCCUGUGUUCAAAAAGCCAACUGGAUAUCACAAACCAAAUCAUACAUCUGUGCCCUCUGCAGCGAAGGCAGAAUGAUUGAUGCAUUGCCUACGCUUCAUCUCAUCAUCCGCCAAAACGUUCCUCUGGACUCUGAUGUCUUGGGCUCUCUCCUGCAGGCCUCUAAAUCCCUUCCACAUACCCAACAACUCCAUACCAACUUGCUCACCAGAGGCUUCAUUCAGGACGUCUUCUUAGCCACCAAAUUGGUGCAUUUAUACGCGUCAUGUGGCCUCAGAGAAAAUGCCCGCAUGGUGUUUGAUUCAAUAACAAAAAAGAAUAUUUUCUUAUGGAAUGCCAUGAUCAGAGGAUACGCUUGGAAUGGUCCCUAUGAAGAAGCCAUUAAGCUUUAUUACCAAAUGCAAGAGCAAGGCACGUACCCAGAUGGUUAUACUUACCCCUUUGUAUUAAAGGCUUGCGCUGCUUUAUCGGCUCUGCAACAGGGCAGGGAGAUUCAUUAUCAGAUUGUUAGAAGUGGGAUUGAAUUGGAUGUUUUUAUUGGCACUGCGCUUGUUGAUAUGUACGCUAAAUGUGUUUGUUUAGAUGAAGCACGGCAAGUGUUUGACAAAAUGUCUCAAAAAAACGUGGUUUCAUGGAAUGCCAUAGUUGCUGGGUCUGCUCAAAAUGGGCGUCCUGUUGAGACGUUGGAGAUAUUUAGGCAAAUGCAGAAAGAUGGUGUGAAGCCGGAUUCAGUCACAGUAGUCAGUCUGUUGCCUGCGUGUGCACGCUUAGAAAUUCUGAAACAAGGCAAUGAAAUCCAUGGCUAUGUACUUCGAAAUGGUUUCGAUGCUUAUGUUAACGUGGGGACUUCGCUUAUAGAUAUGUAUGCUAAAUGUGGGAGGAUGGAGAAAGCACGCAAUGUGUUUGACGGAAUGCUUAAAAGAGAUGUGGCUUCCUGGAAUGCUAUGAUUGUAGGCUAUGCUCAAAAUGGAGAUGCCAAUGAGGCCUUGGCAUUAUUUGAUCAUAUGCAAGUAGUGGCAGAAGUGGAAAUCAAUUUGAUUACUUUGUUGGGUGUGUUACCUGCAUGCGGUCAUUUAGCGGCUCUGCAACAGGGUAAGUGGAUUCAUGACUAUGCCGUCAGAAAUGGGUUUGAGUUAGAUGUAUCUUUGGUGACUGCUCUCAUAGAUAUGUAUGUCAAAUGCGGUAGCAUAGAGAUUGCACGGCAGUUGUUUGACAGAACGUCCGAAAGAGACUUGGUUUUAUGGAAUGCAAUGAUUGGGGGAUAUGGAAUGCAUGGACAUGCUAAUGAUGCUGUUGCACUUUUCUCUCAACUGCAAGAAACAGGUAUGAAACCAGAUGAAAUAACUUUCAUUGGUAUUUUGAAUGCCUGCGGUCAUGCCGGACUUGUUGAGGAAGGCUGGCGAUACUUCCAUUGCAUGUCUCAAAUGUAUGGUAUCACGCCCACAUUGGAACACUACGCUUGUAUGGUCAACCUUCUUGGCCGCUGCGGGAAGUUGGAUGAGGCAAAAAGUUUCAUUAGUAAUAUGCCAUUAGAGCCCGAUGCUGGGAUAUGGGGAACACUGCUUGGUGCUUGCAGAGUUCACUGCCAUAUUGAAUUGGCUGAAUGGGCUUCUGAACACCUCUUUUAUUUAGAACCUAAAAAGGCUGUAAAUUAUAUUCUGCUGUCAAAUAUUUAUGCUGCAGCUGGAAUGUGGGAUGGUGUAGCAAAGGUAAGAGCUAUGAUGAAAGAAACUGGGUUGACAAAAAGUCCAGGAUGCAGCUGGAUUGAGCUUGGCAAUAAACUACAUACAUUCCUUGUUGGAGACCAAUCACACCCACAAUCAGCAGAAAUCUACGCCAUGUGGGAAAGCUUGCUUGAGCAGAUGAAAAAGGCUGGUUAUGUUGCUGACAAAAGUUUUGUGCUGCAUGAUGUGGAGGACGAUGAUAAAGAAUCCAUCGUUGGGAGUCACAGUGAAAAGCUGGCAGUUGCUUUUGGUAUUAUUAAUACAGACCCUGGAGUAAGAAUCCAGGUCACUAAGAACCUCCGAGUGUGCGGUGAUUGCCACAAUGCCAUAAAGCAUGUAUCUAAAAUUGUCAGUCGAGAAAUUAUUGUGAGGGAUCCAAACCGUUUCCAUCAUUUCAGGGAUGGAUAUUGUUCUUGUGGAGAUUAUUGGUAUAAAAUGAAGAUGGAUGUUUUCUCGCUCAUCAUGGCGUGGGGUUUGGAGUUGGAAGAAACCACUGCAACGGUGAGAAGAGUAAUGCAGACAAUAGGGCAUGAUGACUUUUUGGUAGGGAUGGACUCCCUUUUACAAUGGGCAGAGUUGGGUGUGGGUUUUGAUGCACGGGAGGGAUUGGAGACAGAUGCAAACGGUGGAAAUGUUGGUUUCCAUUUUUUAGGUGGGCGAGAGGAUAUAAUGCAAAGCUACAUAGUAACCAAAGAAAUGAAAUUCGAAAGCAUAAAUUCCAUUAAAUGCUUUCAAACCAGAGUUAUCGCGUGUGGAGAGAAUUUCAACAUGGUCUAUCUUCAUAUUGAUCUAAGGUUUAUCCGCAGUUUUUCUACUGGGACACCACUGCAUCGCAACCUAGUAUGCAAGGAAACCCAAUUCAAAGAAGCAUUGCAAAGCUUAUGGCGCGAUAAUAGUAAUAAUAAAGCCGAACAAGGUAUUGCACAUGAUCCUCGAACCUUUUCAUUUCUGUUGAAUGGCUGUCAAAUCUUCAAAGCACUUUCACAGGGAAAGCAGCUACAUACCCAACUUAUCAGAAAUGGAUUUUACAAAGACUCAUUUUUGGGAACUCGCCUUAUUGCCAUGUAUGCUGCAAAUGGACGCAUGGUUGAUGCACGCCAACUGUUUGACAAAAUGCCUCAACGAAAUAAGCUCUCAUGGAAUGCUAUGAUUAGAGGGUAUGCCUGGGCUGGACCGUAUACUGAAGCCAUUCAGCUCUAUUAUGAAAUGCAACAGGAAGGAGUAACUCCAGACAAUUAUACGUUUCCUAUCGUACUCAAAGCAUGUGCUAGCCUGUUAGCUCUGGAAGAAGGUAAGAAAAUCCACCAGCAAAUUAGGAGACUUAGACUUGAAUCUGAUAUUUUUGUUGCGGCGGCUCUGAUAGAUAUGUAUGCAAAAUGUGAGAGUUUAGAUGAUGCACGCCAGGUGUUUGACAAAAUGCCUACAAGAGAUGUGGUUUCAUGGAAUGUUUUGAUUUUUGGUUAUUUGAAAUGUGGAAGAGUACAGGUAGCACGCGACUUGUUUGACAAAAUUCCUGAAAAGAAUGUGAUUUCAUGGACUACAAUGAUUGCGGGAUAUGUGCAUAAUGGACUCUAUCAUGAGGUAUUAACCCUCUUUGAUCAAAUGCAAGAGACAGAUAUGAAACCUAACAGGGUUACGGUACUGAGGGUAAUAACUGCAUGUGCUCAUUUAGCAGCUCUGCAGAAAGGAAAAGAAAUCCAUGAUUAUGCAACUAAGAGCGGACUAGAGGCUGAUGCUUCUGUGGUUACUGCUCUGAUUAAUAUGUAUGCCAAGUGUGGAAGAAUAAAUGAUUCAUGCAGCGUAUUUGACAAAAUGCCUCAGCGAAAUAACCUCACAUGGAAUGCUAUGAUUAGAGGGUAUGCCCGGGAUGGACCGUAUAAUGAAGCCAUUCAGCUCUAUUAUCAAAUGCAACAGGAAGGAGUAACUCCAGACAAUUAUACGUUUCCUGUCGUACUCAAAGCAUGUGCUAGCCUGUUAGCUCUGGAAGAAGGUAAGGAAAUUCACCAUCAAAUUAGGAGAAUUGGACUUGAAUCUGAUAUUUAUGUUGCGGCAGCUCUGAUAGAUAUGUAUGCAAAAUGUGGGAGUUUAGAUGAUGCACGCCAGGUGUUUGACAAAAUGCCUACAAGAGAUGUUGUCUCAUGGAAUGUGUUAAUUUCUGGUUAUUUGAAAUCUGGAAGAAUACAGGUAGCACGCCACUUGUUUGACAAAAUUCCUGAAAGGAACGUGAUUUCAUGGACUACAAUGAUUGCGGGAUAUGUGCAAAAUGGACUCUUUCAUGAGGCAUUAAUACUCUUUGAUCAAAUGCAAGAGACAGAUAUGAAACCUAACAGGGUUACCCUGGUGAGCGUACUACCUGCAUGUGCUCAUUUAGCAGCUCUGCAGAAAGGAAAAGAAAUCCAUGAUUAUGCAACUAGGAGCGGACUACAGGCUGAUGCUUCUGUGGUUACUGCUCUGAUUAAUAUGUAUGCCAAGUGUGGAAGAAUAAAUGUUGCUCGUGGGUUGUUUGACAAAAUGCCAAGAAAAGAUGCAAUUGCAUGGAAUGCAAUGAUUGCAGGGUAUGGAAUGCAUGGACUUGGAGAGGAAGCUGAUGUUCUAUUUGUCCAAAUGCAACAAGCUAGAGUAAAACCAGAUGAUGUUACAUUUAUUGGUGUUUUGUCUGCAUGUAGUCAUGCGGGCCUGGUGGAAAAGGGCUCGAAAUACUUUAAUUGUAUGAGUCAAGAGUAUUGCUUAGAACCUAAACUGGAGCACUAUGCUUGCAUGGUUGACCUUCUUAGUCGUGCAGGGCAUCUAAAUGAAGCCCGGGAUCUUAUUGAGAGCAUGCCUUUUGAACCUUCACCUAGUGUAUUAGGAGCUUUUCUUGGUGGCUGUAGAAUUCAUGGCAACAUUAGGUUAGGAGAACAUGUUGCAGAACGCCUUUUAGAAAUAGAACCUAAUAAUAUAGGAAAUUAUGUAUUGCUUUCAAACAUUUAUGCUGAAGCUGGAAGAUGGGAUGAUGUUACAAAGAUGAGAAUAAUGCUAAAAGAAAGGGGUUUGAAAAAGAGUCCUGGAUGUAGCUGGAUUGAAUUAAGUAAAAAGGUCCAUGCUUUCAUCGGAGGAGACAGGUCACAUGCGCAAUCAGAGGAAAUCUAUAAGUUGUUGGGGAACUUGAGCAAGGAAAUGAAGAAGGCUGGGUAUGUACCUGAUACCAGUAUUGCACUCCAUGAUGUAGCAGAGGAAGAGAAAGAAUUUGCCCUUUCUACUCAUAGUGAAAGAUUGGCAAUUGCUUUUGGGAUUUUGAACACAGCUCCUGGGACAGCUAUCCAGAUAACCAAAAAUCUCCGUGUUUGUGGAGACUGCCACACUGCCACCAAAUUCAUCUCCAAGAUAGUUAGAAGAGAGAUCAUCGUAAGGGAUAUAAAUCGUUUUCAUCAUUUUAAGGAUGGAUUAUGUUCUUGUGGAGAUUACUGGUGAUGCUAACUAUAUGAGAAAUUGAUUUUUUUAAUCGAAAAUGGUGAUUUAUUCUGACAAAACCACGAGAUUUUGAAAAAACAUAAUUGCCGAGCAUACCGAGAAACAAUUUAUUGCAAUAGAUUACUAUUUAACCAAGAAUUUGCUUCCAUGAAUGAUAGUGUUGGGAGAAUGAUGAACUUGGACUCUGAUUCUUAUCCAAGGCAAUGCUUGAAUCUGGAUAGAGUAUGGAGCUGUUAAGAGAUUUUCUCAAUACGAUUUUCCAUUUCUAUUCGAGUUAUCCUGCACUUGCACGUAAUCACCAUGGCAUAUCCUUAUACUACACUCUAGGUGGUUAUAUGAAUCAAAGCAUGGCCUGCAUGCGGUACAUGUUAAGCCAUAUGAUUCCUUGAAUUCAUGUAACAGAACGAUGGAAGUUUAUGUGUAUCUUAUUUAUUGUGACAAUGUUGAGAGAAUGGUGGACGUGGUCCCGGAUUCUCAUACAGGGCGAUUAUCCAAACUUAAGAAAAUUUCCUGGUCAGGUUUAUAUGAUUUCUGUGGUUUUCUGUAAAAUUCAAGUUUGUCUUUCUGCACCAAAAUUUGCUUCUAUCUUUGAUUUUUAUCUAAGAAGUCUGUCCUACUCAUUCUAUUCAAAAAGUCUGGGUUCAAAAACUCUCCCCGACUUUUUGAAUCUCAUCAGUGUUAACCAUCCUCCAUCCUUCGAGCUAAAUACAAAAAAAUUAAAUUUAAUUUUGA